CGCCGCACGUGCUCGAUUUUUCACACAUCCAUAUAUUUCGGAGCACCGAGCCUUCCCUGUUUCGUUUCCCUCGAAAACACUAACUGUUUUUCUUUCUUUCCCGACAUUAAUACAUUGCAAACGCGGGUAUACAAGUGUACAACCAAAAGAAUAACACAUAAUGAAUCGCGUCGAUCGACCGCGCGCCUUUUACACAAAUAGUAUGUGCAAAAACGGCAGUGCAGCGCAUUGGAACGGUCAACGGACGGACGAACGGCAAUAAUAACAACGAUAUAUAUGAAACGUGCUCGGUGCGCGAGAGUGAGUUUGAUCCAGGAGCCACGAGCCUACAAAUAUAUAAUACUAUAUACAUUGUACGUAAAACAUAUAAUAUAUGCAAAUACAGUUUCGGAGUAGUCGAAUGCAGGGAAAAUAGAGGGAAAGGCGGACCCAUAUACCCGUGCGGUGGAUCGUGGACUGUCCACUAAUACACCCCCCGGUGCGGUAGCAGGGCCCAAGGAGAGUGUAACGUAUAUACUUGUAGGUGAAGGAAGGGCCCCCUGGUUAGGAGGUCCUUCGCCGGUGGGGUGCAAGACGGGAUCGGCGGUAGCGGUAGCCUUUUGGCGACGCCCGGCCAACUGGUGGCGCGGACUCGUGGCCGCCUCGUUACCCUGGCGCAGGAGCAACGGUUCUUUUCGGGCUCGGGUCGCGGGCUCGUCGUCCAAGGAGAAGAGGAAGAAGAUGCAGCUGCCUCUGCUGUGCGAGCUCGUGAGGUACGACUGCCGCUUCGCUGGUGAUUAUCGGCUAUUCUGACGGUACCGAGAGGCUCUUGAAUGGUGUUGUUUUCCGCGCGUUUAUAAUAUCGAGGGAUCCAAGUGAGAGUGCAGUUUUUCAUGCAGUGCGUACAGUACAACUCGGUGGAUCGACGAGUGACAAAACGCGUGUGGUUCAAAAGCAACGCAAGUGCACUAGUUUUCCUCAAUUGAACGGAUCCGAGUACGAGUUUCCGCGGAAUUGAGGUACAGAGGCUAUAGCCUCCCCGAGCUUCGAGUCGUCGGUGAGCCGCACAUGGCGGGUCGUCAUGCCGAGCCGCGUCCGCCACAGGGCGCGCCGAAGACGAUCCCGCAACCGAUCUCUUGAGCCGCGCAGCCCGCGGAUCGGGUAGAUACACACACCUAGAGAGCCGAGGAGGAUGCUGCCGCGCAAGGAGGGCCAUUACGAGCCGUACGCGCUCGAGGACAUGAUAUCGAGCCUGCAGACCCGGGGCAAUGCUUCGCUCGAGGACCUCAGCGAGGAUCCCGGGGAGUUGCUUAGGCAGCGGGAGCGCGACCUCGUGCUCGCGGCCGAGCUCGGCAAGGCCCUGCUCGAGAGGAACCAGGAGCUAACCAAGCAAAGCGAGGCGCUCGCCGAGAACUACGCGGCCAAGAUCGAGGGUCUGGAGCAGGAGCGUCACUUGUUGCGCCGUAAACUCGAAGAAGCCCGGGGGGAGAGCGAGGCCCGGGCCGUGGAGCUGCAGUCGGACCUCGAGGGCUUGCGCUCCCAAUUGGACGAGCAGAGCGAGCGCGCCCGCAGGGCCGAGCGCGACCAGGCGAACUUGGUCACGGAGCUAACGGCCCAGAACGCCAGGCUGGCCGACCAGUUGCGCGAGGCCGCCAAACAAGAGGAACACCUCCUAGUCGAGCUCAAGCUCACCCGCGAAAAGUGCGCCCACAGGAGCACGACCCUACAGGACCACGUCAGCAGCCUCGAGAUUCUGAAGGAUGAGGUGCAGUUGGUGUCGGCGCAGCGGGUGGAGCUGGAGAGGCGGUCGUUGGAGCUGAGGGAGGAGAGGGCCCGGGCGGUAGCCGCGCUCGAGGAGGCCGAGGAGCGAGCACAGGCCCUCGAACGACUCGGGCACGAGGCCGAGCGGCGCGCCAUCGUCGCCGAGCGCGAAAGGGACGAGCUGGCAGCUGCCCUGGCCGCGAUGGAGACUGCCAGCGGCUCGAGCGGGAGAGGGUCGACGAGGCCGGGGCGCUCGCUCCAGGCGGAGAUGGAGUGCGAGGAGAGCGGCCUCGAGGGUGGCUCGCUCGAGCAGCAGCGGGAGCUGGAGGAGUUCAGGCAGGAGGUCGGCAGGGCGUGCAGGAGGCUCAGGGAGCUGUCUAGUCACCUCAAGCGGGGCGAGGACGACUCGGGGCUGCAGAGCGACUGCGACGAGUCGAUGCUGGUCCUCGGCAACGGCAACGAGACCGAGAACAACUGCCCGGGCGCCCUGUCCGACCUCGUGGAGGAGGUCUUCGGCCUGGCGCUGGCGAACGUCCGCGGCGGUCCGGGCGAGCUGGGCCUCGCCGUCGAGCUCCACCGCGCCAAGGAGGAACUCGAGCAGAUAAAGGACCAGUUGCGCCAGACGCAGGAAGAGCUGAAACGCCGGGGCGAGACCCUACUCGAGACCACGAGCAAGUUCAAGGUCUGCGAGGCCGAGCUGGACGGCGCGCGCGAGGAGAGGGACCGCGCGCGCCACGACAUCGAACACUCGCAGCUGUCCAAGGACGAGGUGCUCGCCCAGGCCAUCAAGACGCGGGAUCAGGCGGUGGCGAGGAAGAACAAGGUCGAGGUCGAGCUGGCGCGCACGAGGAUCGACAUGCUGCAGAUAAACAGCCAGCUGAUGGAGGCGAUACAGCAGAAGAUCGAGCUGAGCGAGCAGCUGGAGCAGUGGCAGAUGGACAUGCAGACGCUGCUCGACGAGCACGUGCGCAGCAAACUCGCCCCCGUCAACCCGCCCUCGACGAACUCCGGGGCUUGCAACGGGGACGAGGUCGUGGCUCCGGCUAGGAAGAAGCGCAUGAGCACCGGCUCCAAAAAGCGCUUCGGUAUUUUCUGAUACUUCAAGUUUUAGACGCGGGUGCCGAUGAGUGUUGGAUGUACGCCCCAUCGUGAUGAGCUUUGGGGAGUUUCCGAUGUGUAUAGACCGCGACACCCACGCUGUGUAUAUAAGGUACAUUUGCCGUACAAUUACAAGCGAGUGCGGUGGAUUUUUCCAUUGGCAUGUUUUGUGAGUACUGCGUUGUAUUAUUCCGUCCAUGGAGCAAAACCGCAAGAAGAAAGUAUAUAUACAUAUUAUCGUAUACGUAAAGUUUCCGUUUUUGGAGAAUGUAUUCGCGAGUGGGGACAAUAUUACGUUCGUUGUUACCGAUUCGUAGAAAAUUGUACUUAUAUCUCUCUCGUACGGUCUAAUACUGCAAAUGGCACAAAUAGUGUGUUUGUGUGUGAUACAUGGGAGUAGUGCCUUCUGGAUUUGAUGACUUUUUUCGGGAUGUUGAACUUUAGUUGUUGAACCUUACCGAGACGAAUUGUGUAUAGUAGGUACUUGAAUAAUUCUUAAAAUUUUUAAGUGUAUUUAUUUAAGAUUCUAAUUUUACAAUAAUAAAACUUGAAUUUAAAACAACA